AUGUUCUACUCUGUGGUACACUUUGGAAAAACAUAUUAUGAGAAUGAUAGUUUAUUUGCCAGAUCGACCCAUGUAUUUGGAUGUGCUCAACAUCAAGAUCAAAUCACUUGUUUUGACAUGGAGAAUAAUUAUUUAGUAACUGGAUCAAUUAAUGGAGAUUUAAAAGUAUGGAUUCAUAGAGAGGAGAGUGUUGAAAUGAAUCAAGACGAGUCUUUUGAAUUGGCCUGGUCUUUGAAAGGUGUACACAAAAAACAAUUUCUUCAAAAAGUGGCCAUUGUAAUACCAACAAGUGGCUACUCAAAGAACCCAUUUAUAGUGAGUGGAGGUGGACAAGAUGGAAUUUUAUUAAUGUAG